UCCUCGAGUGUGGAGCAAGUUAACGCUCGACUGAGCAGUUAUAUAAGUAAAUACCACUGUGAUACUUUGCGAUAUUUCCUGUAUUCCGACGAGAAAUGGAGCAAGGGCAGAGUGAAGAAUCGCUAAUAGAAUCCGGCGAGAGAUCGGAUGUCGGGCGAUGGAGGAAUACGCCAGCCGGAAGGCAAGCUACCGCGAAGUGUAGUAAAAUUUCGCCCCUACAUCUUGUUUGUAUCAGUCAUUUGUUUUCCGCUUGGGGAGAUCGCAUGUGGCAUUUUGCUAUUGGACUGUAUCUAGUUGAACUCACUCCAGGAUCAUUGCGCUUAACAGCAAUCUAUCAACUGAUCAGUACCUUGUCAAUUAUCAUAUUUGGACCUUUAGUUGGAGAUUGGGUGGAUGGAACUCCUCGACUGAAGGUGGCACAAAUUUCAUUGAUAAUUCAAAAUGUUGCGGUGAUAAUCUGUGGAGUUUUGCUGUUGAUUAUGUUAAAAUUAGAGGAGCACAUCCAACAUCCAUACACCAUGUUGCUGGAAGCCAACAUUAUCAUCAUUGGCUCUGUAGCUGACUUGUCUAGUGUUGGCACAAAAAUUGCUGUAGAGAAGGACUGGGUGGUAGUGAUUGCUGGCUCAGAUAAAUCACUACUGGCAAGUACAAAUGCAUUGAUGAGAAGAAUUGAUCUUUGUUGCAAGAUCCUUGCUCCGAUCGUAGUUGGUCAGGUGAUGACUUACAUCUCUAAAAUGGCAGGUGUGUUGUUUUUAGCGGGUUGGAAUGUUGUAUCGGUUUUUGGAGAGUACUAUCUUCUCUGGACAGUUUUCAAAGCCGUGGCUGCCCUGUCUCACAAGGUCAUAGACACAACAAGACACAACUCUAACACUGAAGACAACUCUUCCGUGGAUAUGUCUGCUGAUGAACCUCACGGAUCUAAUGAGCGCUUGGAAAGGAUGGAAAACGAAGACCAAGAAAGGGGCCAGAAUGGCGCUGAGGUUUUGGUCCCAGCUGUUACUGUCAGACCCGUUCAAAGACAACCCAAGCCAAGUGUCUAUACACGAUUUAAGAAAAGGAUCCUGACCUUUGAAAUGGGAUGGCACAUUUAUUUUAGACAGAGUGUAGCCCGACCUGGGCUUGCCCUGGCUUCGUUGUAUUUCACUGUGAUUUCGUUUGGCGCCAUAACAACUGGUUACGCUUACACGCAGUGUUUGUCUGAGUCAGUUCUGAGUCUGAUACGAGGCAUUGGUUCGUUGUUUGGUGUCUUUGCUACAUUUGUUUUUCCCAGAUUGAGAAAUGCUGUUGGUGUUGUUCGCUGCGGGCUUUUCUCCAUGUCUCUUCAGUUUUCUUGCCUUCUUUUGUGUGUCGCUGCUGUCUUUGCUCCUGGUUCGCCAUUCUUCUUGUUACCGAGAAAUUCAGGGCAACCUUUGCUGCCCCAGUGUAAGGCACCUCAGCAGACAACUCCCACACCAACUCUCUCUCCCAGUUGCAUAGAUGAAGGGCCCAGGAAUUCCUCUCUAAACGUUCAUCCUUCAAAUUUGCACUUUAUGAGAAGAGCUGUAGACUAUAGUAAUACUGCAGUAACGACGGCAAGAAUGUCCUUACCAAGCGUCACAGUGCCGUCCGUUGUUAAUCGAGUGAAUGGAUCAAAAACACAAGCCAUACCAUCCACAACAGCCAUUUUGCCAUCCAAGACCACACCCAGUGUGGUGCCUUCCAAUUCAGUCGUCUCUCCUUCUACUUCUUCUCCUUCAAACCGCAACUGUAGUUUGAAGACAACAGCCUCUAUGCCGCAGGCCGUAAGCAACAGUUUUUCAUAUGUCUCCAUCAGCUUGCUACUUGCAGGGAUCGUCUCAUCCCGCCUUGGAUUAUGGUUGUCUGAUCUAACCAUCACCCAACUCACCCAAGAGGCAGUACCAGAACAAGAGAGAGGAAUUGUGGGCGGGAUGCAAAACUCUUUCAACUCAAUUUUAAGCCUUCUCAUGUUCUGCUUAGUUAUAGCUCUUCCCAAGCCUGAGACGUUCGGUUUGUUGGCACUGAUGUCUGUGGGCGCAGUUGGAACAGGCGGCUUACUGUACGCUUCUUUCGCGUACAAGAUUCGUGGUCAUUUGUUUCAUUUUGAGAAAGCCCGUAAAUUCUGCGGCGGGGCCGAUGCUCGUAGGGAGCCGGUACCGAUGCUGAUCUCAAAUGAUGACCUCGAUCUUGAGGAUGACGAAGAAGAGGCCAUGAUCAGAGGAGUGUUAAGCACUAGGAACGAAAACUUUAAGUAUUAGAGUAUUUACUUACGCGAGGAAGUAAGUUAUUCUAAAUGGGCAGCAUUCUUUCCCGCCGGAUUACAAAUUCUUCAGUUUAUAGUCAACGUUAGUGCUUCUUAAAUACCCUAAAAUGCACCUUUUUUUAUCGCAAUUCACCGAUAUGCUUGAUUGUUAUCAGAGAGUUUACCAGCAAGACGAGAGGACAAUAGUCUACCGACCGCUGGUCGAUAGAUUUAUGCGCCCACGUUUCGAGAGACGGACGGAUAUCUUUUAACCUUGUAGAAAUAUAGUUUGCUUAGACGUUAAUUUAAGCACACAGUUAAAAACGCCUCAGUUUUUUUCAGCACCUGUUUUAUAGUUUUGCAGUCAGUUUAUCAGUAGUAAUUUUUAGGUUCGCAUGGAUAGAAACCUGGAAUGGACUAAAGAAUGUUUUUCAUUAUAAGCGAGGCUUAGUCCAUCACCACAGCACAGGAGUUUGUUUCUAUUCGUAGGUGGGUCGUGUGGGACAGACUUACCUAUUGAGUAAAAUAUAUUUGCAGAAAAGCUUCUCAUGAAA